UUUAGAAAAUAUAUCACCUGUUUGAUUUCUGAUAACACCUGAUUACUUCCCAAACGGUCUUACUUAAAACGAGUCAAGUUAGUAAGAUCAGUACAAAACCUAAAGGGGAGUAACAUGAUGUUCUUUGGUACAAUUGUAUUAUGCUCUUUAGCUAGUUUAGCUGCAUCUGAUUUUAGGUGCUUUGAAGAUUCGAGAAAAGCUUGUGCGUCCCAAUGGUUUGAAGAGAAUGACAGCGACGAAUUUUGUGCUAUAACUCCAAAUAUGACAAGAUGUGAUCUCGAAGCUGCAUUGGUUUGCCAUACUGGAUUUGCCGAAAUAGCAGAAAAAGCCUUAGCCACAGAAAUUGAUGUUUGCACAGAGGGUACAGCAGCCAAUGAAGCUGUGAAAAAAGAUAAAAAUUGUAGCUUCGAUACAUGGUUAGAUUUAAAAUAUUGUGACGUAGAGGAAGGUACUAUAUGCCAAACCUUUGACAUAGCACAAGAAUGCGCAGAUAGGAUUUUCUCAAAAUGCUCUCGAGACACUGAGAAAGCAUUUCAAGGUGCUUUUAAAGCUUCCGCAGAACUACAAAAGAAGGUGUGUGAAUUGCAAGAAAAGAUAGAUCUUGGAUUGACAACAGAAAGAGGAGAUUGAAAUUGAAUUACAUUUGAAAUUUUCAUCACGAAAUCUAUCAAAUAUAUGUUUAUUUUGAUAUCUUGAUUAGAUGUAUUGUAAUAAAAACAAUGAGUUGAA